AUGCAGUUCAAAGGACGAGAGGAGGUGACCGAGUUUGAUCAGCAGCACUUCCAGGCUGAAGGGCUCUUCGCCCAAAACUCCUCUCAGGGGCACAAGGAGUAUCAAGAUCGACUUCGUGCCAUCCAUUUGCGAAAGGAAGGCCUCCAAAAGGCCGCGAUUGCUGAUGCUCUGGGGCGUUCCGAGCGCUUUGUGGCCAAGUGGUGGCAGAAGGAGGUGAAAGAGAUUCCGAGACCAUGGGGCGUGCAUGAAUAUUUGACCAAAGACAUGGGCCGCAACAAUCACGGAGUUGGUCAAACCAACGGCGCCACCAUGACGGAGGACUCGGUGCAGGAUACCGCCACAUGGUGGCGCGAUGUGGAGGUGAAACGCAAGUUUGCGGACGUCCGGGAUUAUCACCAACUGGUAUCCUGA